AUGCUGAAUCCCCAGUGGAGUCGUCUUUUGGCCAUCAUGGGAGUUCUGCUCAUCCAUUCAGCGGCAGGAGUGCAUAGCCUCUGUUGGGAGAGCAGUUGGUGUUGGAGCAUGGACACGGAAGUGAAGAUGAUGGAGUGUCUCAGGGCCUGCAGAAUGGGCCUGUCAAAUGAGUCUCCGCUAUAUCCAGGACAUGAUCACAUGCAGCCUCUGCCUGAAAAUAUUCAGAAGUACAUCCACUGGAACAAAUUUGGGAAGAAUAACAGCAAUGGCCGCAACUUAGGCUAUAAAAGAAAGGACCUUUCGAGUGACUCCAGUGCAGAUCUCUUCUUGACCUCUUCACAAACCCAAGAGAGCUGGGAAGGAGACUCAGAAAGCCACCAAGAGUCCCGUGAAAAGCAAGAAGGCAAGAGGUCAUAUGCAAUGGAGCACUUCCGAUGGGGGAAGCCAGUGGGCAGGAAAAGGCGACCCAUCAAAGUCAAUCCCAAUGGGGUGGAAGAGGAAUCAUCAGAGAGUUAUCCCCAGGAGUUCAGAAGAGACCUUUCCUGGGAAAUGGAGUACCCUGAACUCGACUCCCCAGAAGAAAAGCAGAGCAGUGAAGCCACCAUGUUGGACAAAGAAAUGCAGCCGAGAAAAAUAAAAAAAGAUGAUGCCGCUUACAAGAUGCGCCACUUUCGGUGGAACACGCCAGCCCUGCCCAAGAAGAAGCGCUAUGGCGGUUUCAUGACAUCAGAGCACAGUCACACUCCUCUAGUGACUCUUUUUAAGAAUGCCAUCAUUAAAACUGCUUAUAAGAAAGGCCAGUAA